AUGGAUGUGGAUGUCGAUGGCGACACAGAGAGUGAAUACAGAAUCCAGGUCAACGAUCAAGUCAAAUACGUCGUUGUUCAGCCCGGCAUUUAUGACUUAGAUGAUGUUCUAUCUUUUCCACCAGCUCUUCUCGACAGCCUUCCACCCUUUCCCCCUGGCCAUUGGACAUCGUUGAAAGUCUAUCUCGGUACAGAUGGCAAACCAACAUACACCACUUCUUCAUCACCCCUAAAGGAAGAGACAGGUCGAUUUGGCGCCAGUGUCCGCCUCGUGGAAAGGGAUGGUCAAGAGCUCGUGGCAAAAAUAGCUCGCUUCGAUUUCGAGAUUGGGUAUGUGGAGAACGAGACUCGAGUUUACGAGAAGCUCGAGAAGGACAGGAUUAUGAAUCCGGAACUUGAAACGAUAUUUCCAGCUUUUCUUGGCCAUCUCGUCGAGAAUGAGCGGCCAAUGGGAAUACUUCUUGAGAAGCUGGAGGGUAGAAGGGCAGGUAUAGAGGAUCUCCCAGCUUGCGAAGCCGUAGUAAGGCGGCUCCAUAGCGUUGGGGUUAUUCAUGGGGAUGUCAAUCGGCACAAUUUUCUUGUGGAUGAACAGAGUGGUGUGGUGCAUCUAAUCGAUUUUGAGAACGCCAAAGAUUACGAUGCGGUCAAGGCGGAGGAAGAAAUAGCUUCUCUGAAGAGCCAACUAGUCGAAGACACAGGAAGGGGUGAAAAGUGGUGA